UUCUUCCUACCCUGCCUCCUCUCUGCUCUUCUACACCUUCUCCUUCAGCUCAUGAUAAGUUACUACACUGCACCAACAGCUCAACGAUAUCUGCGUGAUACCAGGCAGCCAUGGAGGUGAGCAAAACCUGUGCUUCCGCUAUCUGCGUGUGCUUACUGCUGCUCUUCUGGUUCCUUGACAUGUCCAUGGCCACCACCGAGCCUUCACCACCGCAACUGAACAAGGCGCAAGACAGCAUCAUGCGGGGUAUUUCGGGCUUGGUGAGCAGCGCCAUGGCUGCUUCGUCAUCCAUCACCCCAAACUGGAACACCAGCUCAAACCCAUGCCAAUGGAACGGAGUCAAUUGCUCCGCCCCUGGCUCGAAUUCCUCUGUGCCUGCAGUUGUUACCCAGCUUUCCUUGUCAGGAUUUGGCCUUUCCAAUGCCACUAUCCUUGCCUCCAUAUGUCGUGUUGAUACCUUGCAAUCCCUCGAUCUCUCCAAGAACUUCUUCACUGAUUUGCCAGGCCAAUUCGGUCCUUGCCCCAUGAAGGCCGGUUUGCAAGCACUGAAUCUCAGCAACAAUAGGCUGUCUGGUCAAGCCAGCAAUUUCUCCAGUUUACCCAAACUUGAGAUUCUUGAUUUGUCCUUCAACUCUUUAAGUGGCAACAUAAGCACCCAACUGACUUAUUUGCCAAAAUUGAGAAUCUUGAACCUUGGAUCCAAUGACUUUGACGGUCCUGUUCCUACAAGCAUGGUUCCCUCUUUGGAGGAACUUGUCUUGUCUGGUAACAGUUUCAGUGGUCAUAUUCCAAUGGGUUUGUUUGGGUAUGGAAAUCUUACUCUGUUGGACCUCAGCCAGAACAAUCUAACAGGUGAAAUCCCAGAUGAGUUCUUGAGCGUCCCCAGACUCAGCACUUUGAUCCUUUCAGGUAACAACCUGAGCGGGGCAAUACCAAGGAGCUUGUUAAACCUCACCACGCUGUCCCGAUUUGCAGGCAACCAGAAUAGAUUCCAUGGCUCUAUUCCAAAAGGAAUCACCAAGAAUAUUAGGAUGUUAGAUUUGAGUUACAACAACCUCAGUGGGGAGAUGCCCUCUGAUCUACUCUCACCUGAUAGUUUGGAGGCUGUUGAUCUCACUGCCAAUAAGCUUGAAGGGCUCAUUCCUAGAAACUUCUCUCAAAGCCUUCGUCACCUGAGGCUUGGUGGAAACUUGCUCAGUGGAAGACUACCAGAAACAAUAGGUAAUGCCAUGAGUUUAGCUUAUCUGGAGUUGAACAACAACCAGCUUGUGGGUUCUAUACCAUGGCAGAUUGGCAAAUGCAAGAACUUGGCACUCCUAGACUUGUCAUCAAAUAAGCUGCAUGGUGCGUUACCUGAUGAGCUGGGAAACCUUGAGCAGCUGGUAAUUAUGAAGCUCCCAAUGAAUAAUCUUAGUGGAUAUAUCCCAAAUUCAUUUUCUAAUAUGAAAAACCUGGAAGUAUUUUACCUUGGUCCAAACUCAUUUACCGGAGGGAUACCUUCCAGUGUUGUUCAGUUACCGAGGCUCUGCUAUGUGAAUUUGCAUGGCAACAAGCUCGAUGGAGCGAUUCCAUCUUCGAUCAGCUCACUGCAGUUUCUAUUAGCUCUUGAUCUCGGGGACAAUGAGCUGGCAGGAACCAUCCCCAUGAUGCCAACCAAAUUGAGUUAUAUUGACCUAGGUCACAACUAUCUUGAGGGGCAUAUUCCUUCAAGCAUUGGAACUUUGAGUAACUUGGAGAUUCUUGAUCUUUCACACAACAACUUAUCGAGUCAGGUACCGUCCUCGUUUGCAAGCCUGCAAAGAUUAACAUAUUUGUUGCUUUCUUACAACCAGCUCUCUGGACCCCUGCCUGUCUUACCUAGAUGGGUGAAGGUUGAUGUAACUGGAAAUCCAGGCCUCACAGAUGGCACAGAAGACAAUACUCCAGACAAAAUGAUAGGCACUAAAGAUGACUUCAGGUCGCCUACAUGGGUUGCAGCAGUUUCUUUUGUAGUUGGCUUCACAAUCUCCUUCUACGCUGGUAUCAGGAAAUAA